AUGCAGCAUGGAAAAGUGGUUGCUUACGCCUCGAGACAGUUGAAGCAGUAUGAGUACAACUAUCCAACGCACGACUUUGAGCUUGCAAAAAACCGGAUCGCAGUUAGCAACUUUGCCCACAGUACAAGAAAUUUGAUAAAAGACUUUGAGAAACUAAGAUUGGAAGUCAUCACACCGUCAACUCAAACUACAACAAGAAUAAGAGCAUUUAUGAUUCGACCCACUCUUCGGGAUUGCAUUAAGGAGGCACAGGAUAAGGAUCCAUUUUUGCAGAAGAUUAAGGCUGAGAUUGGUACCAACAAAUGUAUAGGAUUUGAAGUAUCUGCAGAUAAAGCAUUUACUUUUAAAGGAAUAUUGUGUGUACCUAAGGAUGAGGGUAUAAGAAAUGAGAUAUUGGAAGAGACUCACUCCACCCCAUAUGCGGCACAUCCAGGCGAUACAGAAAUGUAUCAAGAUCUUUGA